AUGCUCUCCAUGGCCCUGCUGCUGGCCUUCUGGAUGUACCGCCACCGCAAGCCGCCCUAUGGCCACGUGGACAUCAACGAGGUCGGCCCGUUUCCCCUGACCGUCUCCCUCCCAUCUCCCUAGCUCUGUCUCUUUCACUUUUGCUUCCCGUCACUCUUCUGUACUCAUCUUUGAAUGAAUGAAUUUAUUUGACACAUUUAAAAUGCGUGCAGACUUCCCUCAGCCGAGUACAACGAUACACACAGAAAAAAAUCAUUGAUGAUUAAAAACACAAUAAAGUCAACACUUAUGUACAUUGUGGUCCUCCUGUCUGUCUGUCUGUGGUAUUGGCUCUCUUUGUUUGUAGAGAUAAUGUAGCUUUUGAAAUAUCUUAUGUGGUGCUACCUCUUUCCUGUUUGUGGUUUCUCACCCCUAUUCUCUCACUCCUGUAUUCUCUAACUCGCUCUCUUGCCCUUUUCAUCCCUUCUUCUUCGGAGGCCAUCUUGUUAGCAGCCCCUAAGCUGCCAAGUAGGCCAUGCAAAGCCUCUAUUAAUGAUCAGCUCCAUCUAGAGGUAGUCGGCUGCCACUGCACUGUGAUAUAGGUCCCUCCUAUAGGACCAUUGUUAGUAUACUACUGUCAGUUUUUUGCAUGUGUAGAUCUACAGUACCCUAGCUAUUGUGUAGAAGGGCUUAUUUGUUUUUCUUGAAGUUAAACUGUUUUGCAACAGAGUUUUAGAAUUCAUGUUUUUCAUUUGAUAUCAAAGCUCCAGUUAUUAUAGAAGUCGUAAGUAUGUUGUGAGUGGCAAUUGAUCCUCAUAGGCUUGUUGAAUGUAAUGACCCAGUGUUUCCCUGUACUGACCUCUGACCUCUUAUCUACCAGGAUCCUGGCCUAGUUCCCCCUCCCUCCCCCCUGGUGGGGCUCAAACCCCUGCAGUUGCUGGAGAUCAAGGCAAGGGGGCGCUUCGGUUGCGUGUGGAAGGCCCAGAUGAUGAACGAAUACGUGGCUGUCAAGGUCUUCCCCAUUCAGGCAAGUGGCUGAAGCGUUGAUGUAACGAUCCCUGUGUUUGUGUGUACCCUCUGAAGCGUUGAUGUAACAUUCACUCUGUUUGUGUGUGUCCUCCUACAGGAUAAGCAGUCGUGGAUGAAUGAGCGGGACGUGUUCCUCACGCCGGGGAUGAAGCACGAGAACCUGCUGCGCUACAUCGCCGCAGAGAAGCGCGGGACCAACCUGGAGAUGGAGCUGUGGCUCAUCUCUGAGUUCCACGAGAGGGUGAGGAGGGAGACUGGGGUGGAGGGAGAGGUGUUAAGGUGCAGGGAGGUUAGGGUGGGAGGAGUUAAAUUGAUGACAUUAUUACAUCCAGUUUGUGGUAUCUCUCAGCAAAUAAGUGUACAACUAGCUGUUUCAAGUCUGGGUCAUUAGUUUACAUCAAUUAGCCUCCACAAGGUCCCUCCAUUGAGCUUUAGCAAUGUUCUCUAGCCUUCUAUAUCAGGCUUGCUACAGAGACCCACUAUUUACUUAUUGACACUUAG